UGUUGCACCGGCUGCACGCUCCGUGCCUCGCAGCCAUGCCUCGCAAAAUUGAGGAGAUCAAGGACUUCCUGCUCACAGCCAGGUGGAAGGAUGCCAAAUCUGUCAAGAUCAAGAAAAACAAGGAUAAUGUGAAGUUCAAAGUCCGAUGCAGCAGAUAUCUGUAUACCUUGGUCAUCACGGACAAAGAGAAGGCUGAGAAGCUGAAGCAGUCCCUGCCCCCGGGUUUGGCAGUGAAGGAGCUGAAAUGAACCCGACAUGCAGAUCUGUAUUAAAACGUUAAAAAUUCAAAAAGAAAAAAGAAAAAGG